AUGGAGGCAGCAAAUGAUAGGAUCAGUGAUUUACCAGAAUCUCUUCUUCAUCACAUCCACGGUUCCCUUGACAUCAAGGAGGGCGCUCGUACAAGCGUAUUAUCGAAAAAAUGGAACAAUAUAUGGAGAACAGUGCCUACCCUUCAUUUUUCGGAACCAUGGCAGGAUGAUAGGCCCGUACCCACAGCCGAUGAGACAGAAAAAUUCAUGAAUUUUGUGGAUGGAACAUUGUAUGGUCGUAAUUCAUCAAACGUGGACAAGUUCAUUCUCUGGUGGGAUGCACCAAUGAGUGACAUUCGGGUUCAUAAUUGGAUCACCUCUGUAAUAAGGGCUAACGUCAAGGAAAUUGGUUUAGCCUUAAUCCAAGAACACGGAUUGUUUAUUCCCCUAUCACUUUUUACUUGUGAAUCACUGAUAUCAUUGCAGGUAUUAACUAAUCCGAGUAUCCGUCUUCCUAAACAUAUCUAUUUGCCAAGACUCAAGCGCCUUGAACUUUAUCAUUUUGAAUUUACCAAUGAGAGCUGGAAUGAGGAACUCUUUUCAAGUUCACAUGUCCUUGAAGAAUUGAUUCUGCAUGGAUGCAUUUAUCAUGUGAGGAAUUUCAGUAUCUCAAUUCCUACACUCAAACUCUUAAAGAUUAUUUCUUGGGCUCGCGACCAAAAUGGUUUAAGGGACUGUGUUUUCGAAAUUGAUGCACCAAGGCUUGUAACUUUCUCCUACUCGGGUUAUGUUGCAAAAGAAUUUGUCAUGUCCAGAUUUCCGGCACUAGUGGAAGCAGAUGUUAACCUCUCUUCUGCAGACAAUGGAAGUGCAGGAACAACUCAGUUACUUCGGGCCCUUGCGCAUGUACAAUGUCUAACUGUUUAUGAUAACACCAUUCUGGCUAUGAUCUCCUCUGCUCUGACAUUUCAAAAUGUCCACACGUUGAAAAUAGCAGACAACACCACUGUUCAACUUCCAGGAGUAAUUAGUUUGCUCCAAUCAAUACCUAAUCUGGAGUCGCUCAUAUUUUUUCAGUAUAUUAGAGGGGAAAUAGGAGAAUAUGGUGAGGCUAACGAUGAUGACUCUAUCUCUGAUGCUUCUGAAAGCGACAUCAAUGAGGGUGAAAGCAGCUAUAACACUGAAUGUUUAUUUCCACACCUUAAAUCAGUUUGGUUUCAGGAAUUUAUUGGGAACCAAAAUGACUUGAAGUUGGUGAAAUGGAUCUUGAGGUACGCAGAAGCUUUGGAAAUGAUGUUUAUUCGUUACUACGAUAUUGCUCAUACAGGCUUGAAGAAUCCGAAAAGUGAGGAAGAUCUUAAAGCGGAGAUCCCAAGUUUUCCAAGGGCAUCAGCAGGCUGUGUGAUUAAAUUCUAUUCUUAA